GCAAUUGGUGAUUUAAUUGUCUGGUGGUGAAGUUUUGUAAAAACAUUAAAAAUUUGAUUAAGAAAUUUAAAAAUGCAAAAGUUUUUCAGUUAUUCCCCGUUUGAUCAUGAUGUGGAAAAGGCUACAAGUGAAAUGAAUACUUCAGAAGAUUGGGAGACGAUAUUGAAAAUCUGUGACAAUGUUAAUGAAAAACCUAGUGCUGCAAAAGAUUGUUUACGUGCUAUUUUGAAACGUUUAAACAGUAAUGUUCCGCAUCAUGCAAUGAGUGCACUGACUCUUUUAGAUUCAUGUAUAAAGAACUGUGGACGGAGUUUCCACUUGGAAGUUUGUUCUAGAGAUUUUGAAGUUGAGAUUAAAAAAAUUAUGAACAAAGCUCAUCCAAAGGUUAUAGAGAAAUUAAAGGACCUAAUGAAAAAAUGGAGUGAAGAUUUCAAAAAUGACCCCCAAUUAAGCUUAAUACCUUCUCUGUACCACCAAAUCAAAAAUGAAAAAGUGGAUAUUGCAACUUUAUCCGAUACAAUUUCUUCCGCUAAAUUGCAAAUGCAAAGGAAGGAACCUAGUUCUAUGACUACUAAAGAAGAGGAAGACCUAGCAAAAGCAAUAGAGCUUUCUCUAAAAGAACCAGGCUCCUCGCCAAAAGGAAGCAGCUCUUUGUAUCCAGUUGCCCAGGCUAUAUCAAACUCUAGUACUUUGUCUAAACCAAAGGAGCCUCGCAAAGUACGAGCCCUUUACGAUUUUGAAGCUGACGAGUAUGAAGAUGAACUUUCAUUGAAAGCAGGUGAAAUUGUAUUGGUUUUAGACGACACGGAUAGUAAUUGGUGGAAAGGAGAAAGUCAUGGACGGCAAGGUCUUUUCCCAGCAAACUUUGUUACAUCAGAUUUAACUUAUGAACCUGAGCCACCAGUAAAAGUGGAAAAAAAAGCUCAUUCUGUGAAGUUUAAUGGUGAAGUGAAGGUCAAAACAUUAGAAGAGCAAGAAGAAGUAUAUAUUGAUGAAGAAAAAAUUAAUCAAUUACUACAUUUACUCAAUGAGGCUGACCCUUCAGGAGAAAGACCUGAUCCUGAAGAACUUUUAGCUGUAGAAGAACAGUGCUUGUCUAUGGGUUGCCUGAUCGACCAGGAACUAGAAAAAAUUGAUCGUCAUCAUGCUUCACUCACAGCUUCUAACACACAGUUAGUUGAUGCAUUGAACUCUUAUCAAGCCUUGAUGAAAGAUUACACAUCAGUGACUUAUAGCCCUUAUUCUCAUCCAGAAAUGAUGCAUCAUUAUCAGUCCCUUCCACAACAGCAAUCCCUGCCACAGAUGUACAGUGGGUCAGUACCAAGCAACUACAUGUCUUCUGAGACAUAUCAAUCUGUGCCCUUGCCUCCAAGUACUGAACAAUACUCAGGUUCAGUUCCUCCCUCAGCUGGUCCAUUACCAACCAUGCUUCCUCCUAAUAUGAUGCAACCUGGGGGUCCUAUUCCAUAUGGCAACACGAAUCCAACAUCUUAUUCAAAUGUUAGCAUUCCACCAAAUUCUAUGCCUGUUUCUAGCGCUACAUAUGGAACUUCCCAUUUAUCCAGAGAUCAGAACGGCGUAUUCUAUGGGGAUAUGGUUGUCAAUUCUAUGCCUCCUAGUUCUACUGCACUUAGACAGCAGCCCAUGUUAUGAAACGAAUUGGAACUUGCAUCCUAAGUGCCACAUUUUUUUCAGUGAUGAACUUAGGGCAUAAGUUCCUCAAGUCAGGAAAGUAAAGAAAAUUGUAUAUAAUUAUGCCUGAUGUGACCUUUGGAAAGUCAUGUUGCAGCAAUGUAUAGAUGUGUAGCUAUGAUUUGUACACAACCUAUGAAUAUUCCAUGUCUGUUUGUUUUUUAAUAGUUACUGACUGCACUAGAGUAUCUCAAAAUAUAUUGGAAAUUUUGUACAUAUGUUAUAAUUUAAUUGUGUAAAAUAAACAUAUUUAUGUGUGAACAAAACUUGAAACUUGUUUAAUUAAUCUAGAACAUAUUUCUUUUAAGCUUUUCUGAAACAUUUUACUGGUACAUUAUAAGUGUUCAUAAAGUUAUGGAAGGUUACUAUAUUGAAAAAUUUCGCAUUCAAAACAUUUUCUGCUCUUCUGAAAUGACUUUUUGUAAGCCAGGCUCUGUACAGAAUAGCCUUUUAUAUAUUUUUUAAUAUAUGCGUUACAUUAAAGUAAAAAUAUUUUUUAAUUCAGAACAUUUGUGCAAGGAGAAAAUUUUAGAAUCUUUGGGUCAGUAUUAGUAAUGUGAAAAUAUAUUUUGAUGUGAGCAAACAUUAUAUAUUACUUUUGGCUUAUAAAAGGUUUUGAAGAAACACUGAAUAAAUUUUAUUUAUUAUCCAAAAUUGUUUUGCACAUAUUUGUACUAUGAAAUUAAUUUUUAUAAUUCCAUUUGGUUUUAGUAAUAUGUAAUAAUAUUGAUAUCGUUUAAUGUUUGCAAAGCAUUUUUUAAAUGUUUUUGGAAAUUAGACCAAAAGGUUUUUUCUCUGAUACCAAUUGAUAUGACUUUUUCUGAUUAUGAGUGUUUUCAAAAUUUAUUAGUUUUUUCUUGCAAAUAGUAAGAUAGUAAUAUUUAAUAAAUAUUAAAAAUACAAAAAGUAAUUUAAAGUAUAAUAUUUAGACACAUAAAAUACAGCUCUUCUUUAAGAUGUUUUAUUUUGUCACUAUGGAUUU